AUGACUUUUCGUUAUAUAUAUCCUGACUGUCGCCUGAUAGGCUUAGUACACGGUCAUCUCCUAGUGUCCAGUCAGCAAAGGCUCAUACUUUCCCCGUACUCAUCAUGGCAGGAAUGACCCUACCCGACCCUAUCAAGAACCCAAAGGUCAAGUACACCAAGCUUUUCAUCAACAAUGAGUAUGUGAAUGCUGUCAGCGGGAAAACAUUCCCUACCCUGAACCCAAGUACAGGAGAAAAGAUAGCCAGUAUACAAGAGGGUGAUAAGGCCGACAUCGACAAGGCAGUGAAAGCCGCCAAGGCAGCGUUUGAGCCGAACACACCAUGGCGGAUGAUGAAUGCCAGCCACAGGGGCAUCCUCCUGAACAAGAUGGCUGACUUACUGGAACGGGACAGAGUCUACAUAUCCAGUCUGGAGACUAUGGACAAUGGGAAGCCAUUCCGAGACAUGUACAUGAACGACAUGACGAUGGCUAUCAACACGUUCCGGUACUACGCUGGCUGGACAGAUAAGAUCAUGGGAAGGACCAUCCCUGUCGAUGGACCCUUCUUUUGCUACACGAGACACGAACCAGUCGGGAUAUGCGGACAGAUAAUUCCGUGGAACUUUCCUGUUAUGAUGAUGACGUGGAAGGUGGCGCCUGCUCUGGCCUGUGGUAACUGUAUCGUACUGAAGCCCGCUGAACAAACCCCACUGACGGCGUUAUACCUGGGGUCUCUCUUCAAGGAGGCUGGUUUUCCCGCCGGAGUUGUGAACAUUGUAGCCGGAUAUGGUCCAACAGCCGGUGCUGCCAUCUCUAGUCACCCUCACAUCAACAAAGUGGCCUUCACUGGAUCAACGGAGGUCGGAAAAAUCAUCAUGAAGGCUGCUGCCGAUUCCAAUCUGAAGAGAGUCACACUGGAGCUCGGAGGCAAAAGUCCAAAUGUUAUAUUCGCAGAUGCAAACUUGGACUUUGCAGCGGAGAUGUCCCAUCAAGCGCUGUUUUACAACCAAGGCCAGUGCUGCACGGCAGGGUCAAGAACGUACGUCCAGGAGGAAAUCUACGAGGAUUUCAAGGAGAGGCUUGUUAACAGAGCUAAAGCCCGGUCAGUUGGUGAUCCAUUUGAUCCUAAGUUCGAAUCCGGGCCGCAGAUUGACGAAACACAAUUCAAGAAGAUAUUGUCACUUAUCGACAUCGGAAUAAAGGAAGGUGCCAAGCUAGAAUGUGGCGGAAAGGCAAUCAAGGGAAAGGGUUACUUCAUAGAGCCCACAGUGUUCUCGGGGGUCACGGAAAGCAUGACCAUCGGCAGGGAGGAGAUUUUCGGACCAGUUCAACAAAUAAUCAAAUUCAAGGACAUGACAGAUUUGAUUGAGAAGGCCAACAAUACAGAAUAUGGAUUGGCUGCUGCAAUUUUUACUAACGACUUGGAGAGAGCAAUAACCUUUUGCAAUAGCGUAAAGGCUGGAUCAGUAUGGGUGAAUGCAUAUAACGUCAUCUGUCCGCAGAGUCCUUUUGGAGGUUUCAAAAUGUCGGGAAUAGGACGAGAAUUGGGAGAGUACGGACUUCAACAAUAUACAGAAGUCAAAACGGUUAUGCUGAAUCCUAUGACCAAGCUUUAGUUUAACUCGUGGCUAUGUUAACACAGACAGGCCGAUCAGAACAACACAGAAUAGGUGUCUCGCUGCAAACAAAGACAGUUGAUUACGUAGUUGUUGCGACAGGGUGAUUUUCCGCUGAACUUUAUAACUUCAGUUAUGUUACUGUAUAUAUUAUAGAUUGACUUUUGAAGUUUUCUCUAGGAGAGCUAAUUUUUUUUUACAACUCAUCUUAGCAUCCAGUAAAGGCAAUCACAGUUUACCAAUUCAGAAGCAGGUUGUAUAUUUAGUGGAAGGACAAAAUUGCCACAUUUUAUGUUUUUAAUGUUAAUUAGAACCAAAGGAACCAACGAGCGUGGAAGCCUAAUUAAGGCCUGUAUAUAGAAGUUAACAGUGAGCAAACUUAGAAUACAAAUAGUGAACAUAAUGUGUUUGAAAUUAACCGUUGGGAUGUGCAGAGAAAUUACAUGUAGUUUGAUAUUAAAGAACUCUUCGAUUUAA